GACAUUGAUCCCGCGUUUACAUACGGAGUAAGUGGAAGGAUAACGGCUGACGAGACGGCUCUCGCUCCAGACUUGCCGUUUCCCUCUCCCGUCAAUGACAAAUCGUGUCCUGAUUUGCCUGUCAAUGGAGCAAUGAUGGUGAUUUAUGAAGAUCCUCAAUAUCCUGAAGGGUUUAUUUUCCCUGCAAAGCGGUUGGAGAAUGCGAAAGAGAUUCCUCGUGUUCUUCGCGAUUUCAACGACCGAAGGGGUGGUUCUGAUUAUCGUCCACAAAUAGGAUUCACUAGAGACGUGCCAGGUAGAGCAAGUCUUGAUAGUUCUGGUCAUCGUUUCAUCCAACAAAAUGUGCGAUCUGACAAUCGCAGCUAUGAUGAGACCGUUAACUUCGGCGGAGGUCGAGGAAGGGAUAAUUGA